AUGUUUUAUAGUUGCGGAUUGCUGUUAUUUAGACGCAGGCGCAGGCGGGGCGGGCGUGAGGCUCGCGAGUGCAUGGCGUUGCUGUACCGCGCGACGCGGCUAAAAGACCGCGCGGACACGCACAUCUUCACCUUCGUGGUCACACGUUCCGCCACCCGCGAGCCCGAUCGCGACGUCACUUCGAAGGACUUCUGUUGCGCACACCAAAGAUGGGCUGUCGCCUUCAGUCGCACCGAGGCCUCGCUGGGUGUAUACCUAGUGUGGCGGGGCGUUUGCGAAGGCAUGCGAGUUUACGUAGACUUCACUUUUACCUUGCUUAGUCGUGACCACUUUACUGCCAAUGAAGGUUUCUCUGGCAAACAAGUCAGAUUUUUCGCAGGAUGCGCGGCGCAGGGACGUGGGCGUUGUGUUUCGCUGUCGGAGCUCAAUGCCAAGUUUGCAGAUGCACGGGGAGAAUUCCAACUAGAAUUGAGCAUGUCACGUGUCAGAACACUUUAUUCUUGCGAGUUACGAGCUCCUCGCUUAGAUACUUCCCCGAUAGCUUUUGCAGGAUUUGAUUGGUCAGUAUCAGCUACUGGAGGUGUUGGAAAAGAGCCACUUACGUUACGUCUUGCAAGACUAUCAGGAGAGGGACAGCGAUGUCGAGUGCGCUAUGCACUGGCUCUUGGUGAAGGUGACAGGCGCAUACAUUCCGGGCCUCUAGAGUGUCUUUGCGAUGCGGAAGGACGAACUCCACCUUGGACACCACGUCCGCCUGCUCGUCUUCUUCAUAAAGGUGUCCGAUUGACGGUGGAACUAGUGUGGGCAAGAGCUUUAGCAGAGCUAGCAGUUCCUGUCGCUGGACGUGCGGCGACCUGCUAUGAUCGCGAUAAACAAGCAUGGGCUCUGCGUUGUGAUACGCAUUCAGAAACAGUGCGAUUGCAUAUGCUGUACCGUGAUGUACACCACGUCCCUCGUAAUCAUCUCCGCUAUGUGAGUUGGUCGGCAUGGUUAGUGCGCGCCUCACCUGCGCCAGGAGAACCCGAGGCUGAAGAAUUACCCGGCGCACCUUUCGAACAUUAUUAUGCACAAGAUAAUGCGGACGAAGGAAUUAUGAUGGAAACAGCUCUGAGAGUUGAAGAUGUUUCUCGCACUGGAUGUGCUUUCUUACAUGCAGGUGGAGAACUUCGUGUGCGUCUAGAAUGGACUGACACAUAUCUUCUAUUUCAAGCAACCUAUCAUGUCUAUGAUGAUCUUUGUCGAUUACACGCUCACCAAAUGAGACGUGAGAUAGCUGCGUUGCAGGCGGAAAAUUACUCGCUCGAACGACAGUUGUUCAGCUAUCAAAAGAGCCUAGCGUACGCUCAGGCGCAAGCUGGCGAGCCAGCGGCGGCGGAGACCAGCGGCAGGCGCUCGCCAGCGGAGCGAUCGCUGUCCACGGACACGGAGUACGCG